AUGCCUUCGCAAAAGAUCAAGUGUCUCUUGGGCGCCGCCGCCCUCCUCUGCUCCGGGCUGGCCCAGGCGCAGAAGUACGUCCUCCACGACAACUACGACCAGACGAACUUCUUCCACGAGUUCAGCUUCUUCGACCAGGCCGACCCGACAAAGGGCUCGCAGACGUACACCAGCGCGCAGACGGCCAACGACAAGGGCCUCGCCGGCUUCGCGCAGAACGGCAUCUACCUUGGCGUCGACGCCAAGACUACAGGUCAGGGCCGCCAGUCGGUGCGCGUCACGUCCAACAAGGCGUACGACUCUGGCCUGUUUGUCGCCGACAUUGCGCACAUGCCCACGAGCAGCUGCGGCGUCUGGCCUGCGUUCUGGAUGUUUGGUCCCAACUGGCCCAACUCUGGCGAGAUUGACAUCAUCGAGGGCGUCAACACCCAAGAGUCCAACGCCGUGACGCUGCACACCGGCCCCGGCUGCACCAUCACCAACGACGGCACCGUCUCCUCCACGACCCUCAAGGAGAAGGACUGCAACGCGGGCAACGCCGGCACGGGGUGCGGCCAGUCGACCUCGAGCAACCAGAACUACGGCGACGGCUUCAACGCCAUCGGCGGCGGCGUGUACGCGGUCGACUUCAACUCGCAGGCCAUCUCCGUCUGGUUCUUCCCGCGCAGCGCCAUCCCGGCCGACGUGACCUCGGGCAACCCGACGCCGUCGUCGUGGGGCCAGCCGCUCGCCAAGUUCAACGGCGGCCAGGGCUGCGACAUCCCCUCGCACUUCAAGCAGCAGAACCUCGUCUUCAACACCGCGCUGUGCGGCGACUGGGCCGGUAAGGUGUGGUCGCAGAACGCCGAGUGCGCGGCCCUCGCUUCGACGUGCUCCGACUACGUCGCCGCCAACCCGCAGGCCUUCACCCAGGCGUACUGGCUCAUCAACUCGGUCAAGGUCUACCAGAGCCAGUAA